CCAGUUCGAAGUUUCGAACCCUCUCCUCCUUCCCCCCAUCGGUAAACAAAAAAAAUCCCCUAAAAUCAGAAUCACUGUUCUCCUCCUCCGCCCCGGAAAACCAAAUCCGCCCUCACCGGAAUACUCUUUCCCUUCCCCUUCCCCUUUCUUCGCCCGGUCAAGAUGGGGGUAAUGAAGAAGCCUGCCGCGAGCGGAAGGCUGCCCGCCGGCGACGGAGUUGGAGGGAGCGGGGGGAUCCCCGGCGGCGAUGAAGGUGGAGGGCGGCGCCGCCGUGGCAAGAACCACGCCGCCGAAACUAGGGGAAGGCCGUCCCGGGAUGGAGAGACCGAGCAGGGGACCAGAGGAACUCCCCGCGGCGACGGAGGGGCCGGGAGCGGCGGGGUCCUUGCCAGCAGCGGAGCGGGAGCGAGCGGGCUCCAGGGGAGUCGCAAAGGCGGAGAAGGGAUUGGGAUUGGCCUUGGCGUGACGAAAAAAGAUCGUCCACCCUUUUCUGGGUUUCUUGUGCUAUGCAUUCACUGCACAGAUGAGGGCAUGGAUGAUUAUAAACAAAAAAUCGAGGCCUUGGGUGGAGAAGCUAUUACCGGCUUUCAGUAUAGCACAGCCACGCACAUAGCUGUCGAGGGAGAUAUACCAGCUGGCGGGAGAGUGAUCUGGGAAGGUGAUGGAAAAAAGGUUACCACAACCAGGUGGAUCGAUAGCUGUUUCAAAGCUGGGAAGUUAUUGUCUGAUCCGCUGAAAGAUUUGUCUGAAAGUCUUUUACCAAUCGUCAAUGUGACACCUUUGGCGAGCAACAAGUCCACUGGGAGGAGCUGCUCCUCGGAUGGAAAACUGUCUACGCAUAGGCAUGGGAGCAGAAAGCGAUGCUCCAGUCGAAGGCAGACAAAAUUAUCUCCUACCGGCAUCUACCACCAUCUCCUUAUCUGCGUAGAAAACCAGCGACAGUCCGAGUCGCUCUAUGAUUAUGCUUUGGGGUUAAGAACAUACCAGAACAUCACUCUUCCUGGAGGAACAAAAACGUCCAAGCUAUGCAAGAUCUCGAUGAAGUUCAUCCUUGACAGAUGCUUCAAUAUCAUGGUUUCUUUUCAUGCACAAAAGAAAGCUCUGGGGGGCCUUUUAUCUGCCAAAAGCUUCCGUGUUUAUUCAGAUGACUCUGUGUUGCUUGAUAUUCCUGAGUCAGAGCUAGUUCCUUACAGUGAUUCCGAGGGGGACAAGGAUUACACGGGCUUUGUCCUGAUGGUAAGGAAGGAGGUCUUCCACCACCAACAUCUUCCGAUAGAUAUUGUUGAGUGGCUUCGUCUGAUUUCCAAGGGAGUCUCAGGUUGCCAUCAGAUCCUUCUUUCCAACUUUAUCUAUCUCAUGGAACCUUAUCAAGGAUUUGGUGCUUUCGUAACAAUGUACCUCCAGUUCUCAAGUAUACAGAGUACUGAAGGGUGGGAUGACCUAUCCUGGGCGCUAAGCAGCUAUGACAACUGGAAACUUCCCCUAAAUAGUCUAAUGUUGAAGACGUUUUACUACAUUGAUAAAAAUGGGAAUAAGGUUGAGUACGAACCAGAUAUAAGAGGGCUCCUAAGGCUUUUGUGGAACUGUUCCAAGCACCAGGCAAAACGUGAGGUGAAAUCCUUCGUUCACAUUGUCCUGUCAGAGUAUCCAUCCUUGCUCUCUGAUCUACAGAGAUCGCUAUAUCAGUUAGGAUACCUGAGCCACUUGCGGUUGAAGAAUUGACAGUGAACGAGCAGAAUUUCUUGCAAGGACGCAGGGUCUGAUUGAUGACCAGUGGUGUUUUAGAGAGUCAGUUAGCAAGUAUAAGACCUACAUAACAAGCUUUGGAGGAAGAACUCUUGCCCCCUUUGUAAUGAUCUUCAUUCUUUUGGGAUACACUAUACCUUUUGUAACACAAAUUAUCGGUCUCUGCAAUGUAUACUUCAGAAGACCAGACAGAUGUUGUCUUCGUUUGGUCGAUAAGCUGUCUUGAAAUAAGCAGUAGUGUGCACUUUGUAUGAUAGUUUUACUAAUAGUUAUACGCCUGUAA